AAAAAGAGAAAAGGAAAUGUACGCAUAGUAUUAGUAAAGAGAAGGCUUCCUUUCUAUUUCGAUUGUUUGAUAUUAAGAAAACAAAAGAACAACAAAAAAUCAUAUAAGAAAUUUAAAAUAUAAUCAUUGGUUUGUGCUUGUCCGGUGUUUGCAUUUAACUUUUUCAUUCAGUCUACGCUGUGCGUUCGUUAAGUGAAGCGUUAUUAUUAUUUAACAUUAAAGGUAUAAAAUAUCAACAUCACAUAUCGACAUUAUAUUGCUUGGAAUCCACUAAACAUAACAGUAAUAACAUCCUUGUUCCACCGAAACUGAUAAAGUCUCGCUAAAAAAAAAAAUGCCAUAUUUUGCUGGUAUUGAAGGUGGGGCUUCACAUUCCACUUGUAUAAUAUGCGAUGAGACGGGUGACUGUAUCAGUAUACUCGAAGGUUUGGGAACAAAUCAUUGGCAGAUUGGUAUGGAUUUAACGGUCGCACGUUUAGCUGAAAUGGUGGAACGUGCAAAAGAAUUGGCAGACAUAUCGGAAGAUACACCUUUAGACGUAUUAGGAUUAAGUUUAAGCGGUCUUGGACAGAAAGACGUGCAGCAAGAAUUGAAGGAUCUCCUGAGAUCUUCAUUUCCAGAUUUGGCCAAGAGUUAUGUAUGUAGUGAAGAUACAAUUGGUAGUAUCUAUACAGCUUCUCCAAAUGGUGGUAUGGUCUUGAUUUCGGGUACUGGUUCGAAUGCUCAUGUGAUUAAUCCGGAUGGUUCUUCUUACAAUUGUGGCGGUUGGGGUCAUUUUAUGGGCGACGAGGGCAGUGCUUUUCACAUCGCUCUUCGGGCUGUAAAAAUCGUUUUUGAUGAUAUGGAUGGACUACGCAAAUCACCAUAUCCAAUAGAACUCGUUUGGAGUUUAAUCAAAGAGUAUUUUAAAGUUGAAAAUAGAGGAGAUAUGCUGCCACAUUUCUACAAAAAGUUUGAUAAAUCAUUCUUUGCCCGGUUAUGUAUAAAACUAUCUCGUGCGGCUGAGGAAGGUGACCGGUUAGCAAAAUAUCUAUUCGACGAAGCUGGUGAUAAUUUAGGCAGAAUGGCUGCAGCUUUGAUACCUAAGGUACAAACAGACGAUCUGAAAUCGGAUCCCUUUAAAAUAGUGUGUGUGGGCUCAGUAUGGUUGAGUUUGCCGCUACUUGUAGCAGGAUUUCUAAGCGGUCUUCAAAAGGCUAACAUAACAUUCGAUAUUAAUUUGGUGCGACUUAAGAAAUCAAGCGCGUUCGGCGCUUGCUACCACGCUGUCGAUGCUGUAGGUUUACAACUGCCACGUCAUUAUCCAGAUAACUUUGAUGUUCUGGUUCAAUACAAUCACGAAUCGAAAUGCCUCUGCAAUCAAUAAACCGCGUUAUUGUUCCUGCAAUUAAAUAUAAAGAUAACCAUAAUAAUAAUAAAUAUUCAAGGGUGUAUGGACUCGAUUAGGUAUUCCAACCACUACGUAAACAUACAGAUAAUUUUAUUAUCUCGUUCCAAUAUCGAUCGAAAAAGAACUAAUAAUUAUUGUGUUUCUGCCUUUAUAUAUAUCAAUACCCGAAUAAAUAUUUCAUAUACUACGUAUAAUUUUGAAUAGUAAAAAAA